UAAGCGACAUGUUUCGGCUAACAUCUAGGAAAGUUUGAUCAAAAUUCAACAAUGGAAACAUGAGGCUCCCGAUGAAUCUGAGACUCGACCUUCCGCUGAUGCGCCGGAUAUGUCCUCGGGUAUACCAGGGCAGUCCGUCAGCGCCCCCUGGCCAGGCGAGGAGAGCGAUCCGUGUGCUGGGGACGCAAACCCCGGCCAAGGCCCGCCAGACGUACGUAAAUCCGGUGCCGGAUCUGCAGAGGAGCAACGAGACGAAUCACCUCAGCAUACAGGUGGACGUUGUGCACAGCGUGGCGACGCCGGGGGAGGUGUCGCUGCCGGCCCUGAUCUACUUCUACGGCCCGUGGAGUCUGUUGGCCAGCAAGCUGAGCCUGCUGAAGCUGAAAAUUCUGCGCGACUGGGCCUUCUCGGAGGCCAAGUUCGUGGAGAACUCCAGCCAUGGGGCGCUCAUCAUCACCGACUUCAUCCGGCGCAAGCGGGCGCGCAAUGUCGAGAGGUGCUCCACGCCCAUGGGGUACAAGCAGAUCAGCCACGACCUGAUAGACGGCACCCACGACUGGCGGCUGCAGAUGAUGCGCUUCGAGCGCCGUCACAUCCAUCGCGUCAUUCCGCUGAAAGUGCAGCUGCUGCAGCACUACGGCCACAAGUUUGCCUUCAUCGACGUGGUCUACGUGGCGCUGCGUCGCAGCAACGACUUCAGCUCGUCCAAGGAUCUCGAGGAGGUGUACAGUCUGAUGCGGCAGAAUGCUAACAACUCGUCGCUGGUCGCGGCCCAUCCGCUCAUCUUUGCCGAGAUCUUUGUGCGCUUCCGGCGGGACUACUCCGUCAAACCUACGCGAAUGGGCAACGUGCGGGAGAACAGUCGCUGCAUGGGCCAGUGGCUGGUGUCCACCUACAAGAUUCUGCAGUUCGACCUUAUCGAUCAUCAUCCCCAGUUUGAUAUUCCACUGACUGGUGGGCACACCGUCACUCCUCUGGUUACUCAAUAAAACAGUUUGAUCGGAGAAUGGCUCCACUUGAAGGA